UGAGUGCAUGGUGACGAUGGGUUUGAGGAGCAGUACCGAAGGUAAAGAGCUGCUGCUUUAACUCCAAAAGGGUGACGUCGGACUAUUGACGGAAGCAGAGGAGACAUACUGCAGAAAAUGUCCACGACUGGGAUUAACGGUGAAAAUAUCAUCUGUGAAUUUUUAUCAUGAAAGAGCAUACGAACGCCCAAGAUAUGCAGACAGCAGAUCGCAAGGUGCGCUGGACUGCCUGGUGCCAAGUUAUUCUUUUCGGGUGGACUGUAGUGAUUAUCCUGGCUGAGAGAACCGCACUGAUCUACUGUGUGGUGUACUACCUAUGGCACACCCACUUUAAGAGGGCUGUGCUGACCUUUGGCCUGGUUGUACCUGGGACAGUGGUUCAAGUGCUGAGUUUCAAGUGGUAUCGUGAAGAUGGAGCCCAGCAGAAGUGUUGCCUUCGCUUCGUACACAUCCUGCACCUUGGUAUCUUCAAAAGGCUGUGGGACUGCAUGUGGUGUCUGUGGCAUUCGCCAGAGUCAGGAGAUGGGCUUAGUGCCAUUGUAAUGCAGCAGGCUGAUGUUUCCGCCCUCCGUCUGUUAGAGGCACUGUUGCUAACCCUUCCACAGACUGUUCUGCAAACCUACAUCCUCCUCACCACUGAUGAAGGAAUUCUUUCCCCAGUGUUCGUGUGCUGCACGCUCUGCCUGCUUUCCACUUCCUGGGCGCUUGUGCUGUAUAGCCGAGCCUGCUCCCUGGUCCGGCCUGGGCACCUGCCCAUGCCCCCCGCCGCCCUGCUCUGCCAGCUGCUGUGGAGGGCGAGCAUGCUGGGUGCCCGGAUAGCCAGCCUCAUGUUCUUCAUGAGGGUCUUCUGUGGAUGGAUCUGUGGCGUUAUAGGUUUCCAUUGGCUGAUUGCGUCCCUGUGGCUCGUAACUCAGCAAACUGACAUCUGCAGCAGCCCUUGGCGAUGGCACCUCUUCAACUGCGCGCUGGGAGCCAUGCAUGUCUUCUUCUUUCUGAAUGUGAAAGACGGGCCCUCCAGGUUCCGCAUUUCCAGCUUUUAUCUGGUAAUGCUGCUGGAGAAUGCUGCACUCCUGUUAUUGGCCUCUGAUUUUCUCAGCGAGGCCACAUGGGACAGCAUGGGUGUGCCCGCUGCAGUGUUUUGCAGCUUCCUCUUGGGUAUAACAUCACUGGUCUUGUAUUACCGCUUUCUUCACCCUAAGUCUACAGAGAUCUCGCACAAUCUGUGGAAUGGACACUUGGGGAUAGCUUGUUUGAGAGGAGAGUCUUCUUUCUCUCUGGGAGACAAGAUGGCGGUUGUGCCUUCCGUCCCAUCGCAAGGCAACAUUCCUCUCACUGCUGUGGCCAGAGACAUGGUGGAACAUUCCGGAACCUGUGGCGCAGAGUCCGCCAUGCAGGAUGGGCACCAUCACUGGCUGCUUAUCCGCCUGGCCCUGAAGACAGGAAACCUGGCUAAAAUAAACAUAGCUUAUGGGUACGGGGAGGUGGCUGCCAUGAUAGACACUAUGGAGAUGCCGGAGAUGAAAGACGUGGAGUCUCAGCCACCAGAGUCAGAGUCAAAGGAUGGCAUCAUGCCCCUCUCGGAAGGGAAGGAGAACUUCCAGAGUGUCAGUGAACCUUCGUUCACAAGCGAUCUGACAGGUGACGAGGAAGAGGAAGACGAAGAUCUAGAGACGGAGAGUCCAUUGCCGUCUCCUGUGUUUGAUUAUAGGAGAGGAUCUCCAGAGGGAAAAUCAGUGUUGGAGGAGAACCUGGAGCCCAGGUAUUGCCCCACAGAAUCUACCACCACCCUGUAUUUCAGCGCCGAUCCCCAGUCCCCCGGAAGUGCCAGUUAUCUUGGCUUGGACAGGGACUCGGCAGCGGAGAACAUGGGAGAUACAAGCCCCAUGUCGGGUGAUGCAGGUCUACAAGCAGAGGCCAGAGAAUUGCCCAACAGGGUGAACCCCAGGUGCAGAUCUCCCCCGAAAACAGAAACCAGGACCCCAGAGCCUAUGAGUCCUCGUUUUCUCAUCCCCAGGCGGCAGGUGGUUUUGUCUUGGAAAGACAAACCUGAGAGAUUUUAAAAAAUGUUUUUAAAAAAAGUCCGUUAAGUGUAAUGGAAGCGUGAAGGGCUGUGCACAAGCUAAUAACCUCGCAUGUUUGCGACCAGUAUUUUUAGAUGGACACUAGGCAAAUUUGGUAAUAUCUGACUUUGAGGUCUUUCAUAUUAACAUAUUAUUUAAAACUUAGUAAUAAUUCUUAGUCUUUUAAAUGUACUUUUUAAACUUAUACAACAAUAUGUUCUUUUUUUCCAGCAUUUAAUCACUUGAGACAAAUUUUAACCCGAUAAAAUCUGUUUGCCCUGGCAUAGAGCCGAGCCAGUGGAGCAUAGGACACAAUGUAGGGACACUCUGGAUGGGCAGCCUACCUUCACGAAAUCACACACUACAGACUGAGACUGUCAGAAAGCUGCACAAACAGCUUGGCACACAGAGAUGGGAUUCAAACAAAGCAACCUGGAGGUGUGAGUCUACUUCACGAAAUCGCACACUACAGACUGAGACUGUCAGAAAGCUGCACAAACAGCUUGGCACACAGAGAUGGGAUUCAAACAAAGCAACCUGGAGGUGUGAGUCUAUUUUAAGGCUGUGUGCAGUCGGUGCUCUACGUCAUUGUAAAUAUAAUGUGAUAGACAAUAAAAAUGUGGUAGUAAGGACAUUCACGUGAAAAACAUCAUUUUAAAAUAUGUGUGUAAUGUUAUUUAAAACAUUUGUUAUUUUGAACCAAGUAAAACAUAUUGAGUCAUA